AUGUCGGCCGCAGAAACCAGGCCACAGGUCUCACUGGCCACCACGGACAUGGCUGUGGAUAUACCGGAUCUGCGGCGGAAGGCCCAGGAUCAGGGGAUGGAAGCGUUCAAAGACGUUACUUUUGGCUCUUUUGCUGGAAUCGCAGGCAAAUACAUUGAAUAUCCCUUUGAUACCGUUAAAGUCCGCCUCCAGUCCCAACCAGAUGGCCUGCCCCUCCGAUAUAAAGGACCCAUUGAUUGCUUUCGUCAAUCAUUCCAAGCUGACGGCAUCCGUGGCCUUUACCGCGGCAUCAGCGCCCCUUUAUUCGGGGCAGCUGUGGAAACAAGCAGUUUGUUUUUCAGCUACCGCAUAGCCCAAGAGCUGCUACAGACAACAGUUUACUCCCCGUCGGAAGAGCUGCCCUUUCCCGCGUUGUUGACUUGUGGCGCCGUUGCUGGAGCGUUUACGUCGCUUCUCCUAACGCCAAUAGAGCUCAUCAAAUGCAAAAUGCAAGUUCCUGUUGCGAGCGAAGCCGGACUCAAACCUCCCGGCCCCUUGACCCUCAUCAUGUCGGUUUACAAGCACGAGGGAGUAUCUGGGUUCUGGCGCGGCCAAAUGGGGACACUCAUUCGGGAAACGGGCGGUUCAGCCGCAUGGUUUGGAAGUUACGAAGGCGUAUCUGCGCUCUUUCGGGCCUAUAACAAGGCAGAUCCAUCUGAAUCACCAGGGAAAUCUUUGCCACCUCUACCGCUAUAUCAACAGAUGCUCGCCGGGGCUGCUGCCGGCAUCAGCUAUAAUUUCAUUUUCUACCCUGCGGACACGAUCAAAUCUCGCAUUCAAACCGAAGGAAUUGCCCUUUCCAUUGGUGACUCCCAGAAACGAACUUUUUGGGAGGUGGGGAGAGCAUUGUGGAGGCAGCAUGGCUUGACUGGGAUGUAUCGCGGAUGCGGGAUCACAUGUGCUAGAUCAGCGCCCAGUUCCGCGUUUAUAUUUUCCAUCUAUGAAGGCCUCCGGCACUAUUUUGGUUGA